CCGGAUAAACUGUCUCAAUUCGCCCGGCACUGGAUCGCCGGACUCGUGUAUCACAUGCCCGCCAUUUUGGCCCUUUGCUCGCCCACGGUAAACUGUUAUCGUCGCCUCCAUCGACACCUGGCGCCCGACUACGCCAACUGGGACAUUGACGACAGAUUCACGUCUCUUCGCGUCAAGAAUAACGGGGCGUCCGGUACGUACAUGGAGAACCGGAUUCCCUCCUCGGCCGCCAGUCCGUACCACGUGAUGGCGGCCACUCUGGCGGCCGGUAUGGACGGCGUCGAGCGAAAGCUGAGGCCGCCGCGGGCCGGACUGAAGCCGUUGAAGCCGCCGUACGUGGCCGGGGCGCCGUCAUGGAUCCCACCGGCCGACAUGACUCGUGAGGAGGUGAUGGGACUGCGUAAACUGCCUUACACACUGACCGAGGCGCUGGCCCAGCUGCAGGCGGACAGUGUGAUCAUCAACCUGUUGGGCGCAGAGUUCAUCAGUUGGUUCGUGCAGGUCAAGCAACGAGGCGACCUGUACACCCUUCGUGAAAGCAACCUUGACGACGAGACCGAUGAGGAGUUGGCUGCUGAGCGUUUUGAGUACUUGGAGUACAUAUAA